AUGGCGAGAAAGGGUCAGUUUUUUUUUCUUGUUGAAGUGAAAAAAUGAAAAAUUUUCAGAUGGACAAAAAGGCUUCCAACAGAAGACCUUCGCCUUCGCUCGUGAGUUUUUUUUUAUUUGACUGAUGGCUUUGAAUUUAAACUUAAUAAACCUUGAUUACAAAAAAAAUUUCAGGCCGGGUCAGCGAAACUCAGCGACAACAGGCCCAGCAAAGUAAUUUUUUUGAAUUUUUUUAUCGGAAAAAAAGUUUUUUUCAAACUUUAUCAACGGUUUAUUUACAGACGAACGCCGUGGCGCUCCAGCCGUCGCCAGGAACCCCGUCGUUGCGCGGAACCAACCUGUCGUUGCCGGUAAGUUGUCGAAAUCAUCACUGUUCGUAUAAAAUCCAAAUAAACUCGUUGAGAAGUAAUGAAUCCUUUGUUACAUUAUUUAAACUUUCAGAUUUCAAUAUUUGUCUCUUGAUUGAAGUUCCACUAUUUUCAGCUGUGCUGCCAGCCCGUGGAGGUGGCGCUCCUCGUGGAGGGAGAGCCGGCGCAGGCGGUCGUGGAGGAGUCCGUCGCAGUGCGCGUUUUGCCGUCCGUGCCCCAGCUGCUGCUGAUGAACCACCAGCAGUUGAUUUUGGUGAUUAUUCCGAAAAUCUCAUCUUGAAAAAAAUACCCUUUUUCCUGAAACGCAAAAACCUGGUGGGACAUGCUAUUUCCCGAUAAAAAAUAAGUGUAAUAUAAUUCAAACCUUUAGAAGUGAGAGUUAACCCCAAUUUAUUAAUAUUGUUUUUUUCCAACCGAGAUUAAUGAAGAUUUCAAAAAUCUCCGUAGUUGUUUUUUCGAAGCAACAGCUUUUGCUGAACUUUCCGUCAGAACUUUUUUGAGACUUGAAAUCAGCUAACUUUCAAAACUUCAGCCGAAGCCGUUGAACCGGAGCUUGAGAACCUCGAAGGAAUCGUCGCUGUAAACGGAACGAUGGAACCUGCCGAAGCUUCCAUCGUCAGCAGGCCCACGCUUGGCGAAAACUGUAACAGUAAGUCACUCUGAAGAUUCCGCGUUGAAGUCGAACAUUCUGGAGCAUUCUUUCCGAAAGUAAAAAGAUUGAAAUCCGAAUAAAUUUAAAUCAGAUGAACUUUCAUGAAAUAAGAAGUAAAAAAAACUCAAUCAGUUCUCGAAAAAGGAUGAAUUCUCUCUCGAGUUCUAACAAAUAUUCUUUUUUCAAGUCCUCGAGUUUGAUUCGAACUUUCACUAUACAAGUUUCAGCCGUCGCCUCGCAGGUAGAAAGCUCGGAGAACCUCACUUCUUCCGGACCAGUCAACAAGCGUCCGAAGGUGGACAAAGGCACUUCGCCCUUCGGUAGGUAUUCCAACUUUACUGCAAAAAGUUUCUUGAGAUCAACAUUUUUUCGAAAUUCCAAUGAUUCUUUAAAACUCCAAUGACAAGAUUCUGAAACUAGCUUUUCAGUCUAGAAAUGCAUUUUCUUUCAGCUCCGCCAAGAAAUCUCGCUUCUUUGGCUGUUCCACAUCAUUCCGCAAUGAAUGAAGGCGACGUCGUUGUUGAACUGGCGCCCAACCAGCCGAGUAAGAUUUUCUGAAAAAUUUAGAAAAAAAUGAAUAAAGUUAAGAUUAUCAUUAUUUCAUCAUCCAUUUUCAUUGCAGAUCUGUGGACGCCUCCUCCCUUCAUUUUCCUCAACGGUCGCCGCUACCGCCUUGAAUCGGUUGACGUCGGAAUUGAGGAAGGCCCGACGGUUGCAGCUGAAGCUGACUCGAACUCUUCUGCGAUGAUGAGUGCGUUUAGAAAACAUAACAGUUAUCAAAAAAAUUAUUUAUUAAACGAGUCAGUCAAACAAAAAUCUAAAGAGUCAACUUUGUAGUCUUCGUUUCACUCUGAUUUGAAAAGUUUCAGGGACGAAUGUCAACUCCUCGUACGUGGUUAGUCCAGCCGUCACUCCAACGACUCUCGCCAUUAUGGCGGGUGAGUUGCUGCGAAAUUAUCAAAAAGAAGAUUUCCUUCAUAUUCAGUGGUUUCAGAACGAGCCGCCAAUAUCAACGCCCAGAACACUUCUGCUGCUCCACCUGCUGUGGCCACCCAGGACCACGGCAGGCUUAGCCAAGCCUCUCUGGCGACAGCAACUCGGUCGACUCGUGAGUUUUUCGAGUUUUCAUUAAACAAUUAAACACUGAAGUAAAAUAUGUUUUCUUCUAUUGUGAAUAGCGCUUUUUUUCGGAGCUUUUCUGAAAAAUUCAAAAAAAUUAACAUGAAAAUUUCGAGGUUUUAUUCCAAUUCUUAAAAAGUUCAGGUACUGACUUCAGCAGAUCGACCGUCGACAGUCCGGCAGUCUCUCCGGCGACUUUGGCUAUUUUUGGCUGGUGA